GCUCCCUAUCCCUAGCUCGAGCACGCUUCGCCCAUCAUUGGCAUACUCACAAACUCUGUGGACAAGGCGACAAUAUCUGCACUAUUUGCCGCCACCCUUCUGGUCUGCAUCAUGCUCGGCACGAAAACCAAACAGGUCUUUUCUUAUGGUCGUCGAGGCCACAGGAUCGUUAACGUCUCCGAAAGAGAUUCUGAGAAGCAGGAUGAGAACACGUCGGCAGGAUCUAUCAGCUCACGGAAGAAGCUGCAACCCGUCGUUCUACUAUCCAAACGUGCGAAACCUGCCAUCCGCCCAGUAGCUACACCCGCUUCCCCAGAACCCUCACCCUCACCAUCACCUCCACGCAAACGGAAAGUUAUCAAGAAGAGGCUUCCUUCAUCCCCACUUUCAUCCCCCGACUUCUCCUACAAACCGAAGCGAGUUCGGCAGAUUAUCGCCAAGUCCAAGGGCUCGCCCACGUCCAAACCUCUGUCGAGUUCAUCUCGAGGGUCAAACUCCCAAUCCUCCUCCGCUGUCACCGCCGCCUCAUUUUCUACACCGGGCUCUCGUACACCGCUCAGCUCUCAGUCUCCUAAUGUCCCACGGCUUGCAGCCCCUACAUUUGCUGGCAAGAAGAAGGGCAGAGUCUCCGGGAGCAAAGGCACGCCUCUCAAACAAUCACUGUCUCCUUUCGUGGAUGUAGACAUCGUGGUCGUAGACGACGCUGGUCAUCGUUUCAGCCACGAACGGAGGGUAUCCAGAACGGACGUGCAGGUCAAUCCUACUAUCUUUACCUCGCCACACGAAGACAGCGCGUUAAGCUCGGACAGCGACGGGGAGUAUCUUCCUGCGCCAAAGAGGCCAUCGAAACGAUCUCGAGCAAAAAUCGUCAUCAGCUCGUCUGACGAGUCGGAUGCGCCGGCUUCUUCCCAUCGACCGCCAAAAGCAGCAUCUUCCAGGACCAGUGCUCCCAAGCCUCCUUCGCGACCUGCAAAGGCCCCGCCUGCAGCACCUUCCGUCGAUCCCGUAGCUCGUAACAAUCUGGUUCUUAACCGUCCCGUACCUAGUGACCAUUCAAAGCGCCCCGAAACAAACGGAACGGCGCCUUCAAAGCCAGUUGUCCAGGCCCCAAAUGUCGUACAUUCGUCUAACAAGCCUAGUAUCGGCGGGCAUGCCGAUCAAGGCAAACUGCCACUACCUAAAGCGAAACCCUCACGAUCUGCACUCGAACCAGCCCUCUAUAUCGACACUACUCAACGUCGCCACUCGCCCAUGCCCGCACGCUCGAAGCCAAGACCGCUCACGCCUGCACGCUACAGGCAUUCUGUAUUUCCACGGCCACCCUCCCCGCUUUCGUCUUCCACGAGUGACGACGACUAUGACCUCUCCGUCGACCUAGCCGAACUCACCCUCUCCGACACACCUCACCAGUCUGAACCCACGAUUCCUCCUCCCUCGUACCUCCUGCCGCUUCUGACAGAAUGUGGCCAAACCACUGCACACGAAUUCUCCGCCUUCAUCGAGUCUUUUCCGUUCGACCCGAUUGUGCAGCAGAACUCUGAUGCGGGCAAAGUCGCAUUCCAGAAGAUCGGCGAGGCGUCGUACUCUGAGGUAUUCGGGAUCGGAGACGUUGUCCUGAAGGUCAUUCCUCUGAGUGACGAGGACAUCAAGUCUGGUGGUGCUGGAUUUGGUGAGGCGGAGACGCCUGCGCCGAGCAAUGCGAGGGAUGUCUUGAAGGAGAUGAUUGUGACGAGGGCAAUGGGCGAGAUGUGUGAUGGGUUCGUGAAGUUGUUGAGGACGUAUGUCGUUCGGGGGAAAUAUCCUUCACUUUUGCUCGAUUUGUGGGAUGGGUACCACGAGCGGAAGGGUUCAGAGAGUAUCCGACCUGAUUCCUUCACGGUCUCUCAAGUUUAUGCUAUCAUUGUGCUCCCGAACGGUGGUCCUGACCUUGAGGCGUAUACUUUCUCCGCUGCGUCGAAGACAGGCUGGAGACAAGCAUGCAGCCUCUUCUGGCAAGUCACACGCGCACUCGCUCAGGCCGAGAAUCUGGUUUCGUUCGAGCAUCGCGACCUUCAUUGGGGCCAGAUCCUGGUCAAGAACGCGCCCUCCAGCAUACCAGCGCCCAAACGCACUACCACGAAGGGGAAACUUCCCAUGGACCAUCCUGCCCAUGGAAUCGAGGCUACCGUUAUUGAUCUUGGCCUGGCUCGGAUGGACGCGGUGCACGAGGACGGUGAACUAGACGUGCGGUGGACACCAUUCGACGAGGAGAUUUUCGAAGGCGAAGGCGACUACCAAUUCGACGUCUAUCGCUACAUGCGGAACCAUAACAGUGGCGACUGGGAGACUUUCCAACCUCUGACCAACGUCAUGUGGCUGCACUACCUCGUCCAAAAACUCCUCCACUAUAAACGUCUCCGCCAACCCACCUCCCGCAACGCCAGCAUCUCAGUCUCAGCCUCUACGUCAUCCGUCUACACCGAACGCGAAUGCUACGACUCCCUCGUGGAGAUGGAAGCCGUGCUCGCGUCGGCGGUCGAGGUCGCGAAGAAGCUGAAACCGAAAGCUAAGAAGGCGACGAGUGGGAAGAAGAAGGUGGUGGCGGGGCCGAAGAGUGCGGAGGAGGUGCUGAUGUUUGGGAGGGAGAAGGGGUGGGUGAGGAAGCAGUGAGGUGAGGUCCAUGUUGGCGUUGGAGAGAGGGUA